AUGAGAGAACAUUUCUAUACAUUACUUGAUAAUCAUAUCUUAAAUUUAAAUCACAAAUUUCGAGAUAAAUUUUCUAUAAAGCAAUCAUUGUAUGAUGAUAUAAUAUUGGUUCUUCGAGAUGGUUGGGGAAAUUCUCAAUUCAAAUUUUGGGUACAUAAAAAUUUUAAAUUAAUCAAAAUUGGCAAUGACAAUAUUGUAUAUGAAAUUCAAUCGAAUCAUCCAAUUGUCACGUACGAACAUUUAUAUACAAAAAUCAAAGAAUGCCAUGAGAAUGUUGGUCAUCGUGGCCGAGACAAAACAUGGAUUCAAGUAAAGAAACAAUAUGCAUGGGUUCCAAUGGAUAGUGUCAAACUCUUUAUUUCGCAAUGUGACAUAUGUUCGAAGGGAAAAGCAAUAGCAACAUUUCCAAAACACUUACCUGAAAAAUCAAUUGUUUCUUAUGAAUAUUUAACUCGUCUGCAAAUUGAUCUUAUUGACAUGCAAAAUAUGACAGAUGGAGAAUAUAAAUGGAUCCUUCAUACGAAAGAUCAUUUUACGAAAUUUUCUUGGGCUUAUCCGUUAAUAUGCAACGACACGAAAUCAAUUGCUGAAAAACUUCUACAACAAUUUUAUUUAUUUGGAUUACCACAAAUUUUACAAAGUGUUCAUGGGAAACAAUUCGUUGCUAAAGUGAUUAAGAUUUUGAAAAACACAUGGACCGACUCCAUUAUUAUUAAUGGUCAAAUCUGCCAUCAGAAAACUCAUGAUUUAACAGAAGAUGAUGAUAGUAAUCAAACUUCAUUUAAAUCAACUCUUUUUAAAUGGAUGAAAGCAAAUAAUAGACAUGAUUGGUCAAAUGGUUUAUUACAAGUAAUUUUUUCAAUUAAUACUAGUUCAAUUAAGUUAACCAACAAUAAAACUCCAUAUGAAUUUGUAUUUGGUCAAAAACAAAACUAUAAUAUAAAAAUAUUGCAGAUUUUAUCAAAUCAUGAUUAUUUGGAUAUAGAAAAUCUUCCAUGCAGUUUUAUUGAUGAGUUGAAAAAAUCCACACAUCUAUUGAAUUUUGUUCAAAAUACUAAUUAUUCCAAUGAUAGUAUAUCAUCAAGUCCGUCAAAUCAUGCGCUUCAAGCAAUAUCAAAGUCAUCCUUAUCAAUACAAUCACCCAGAAUAAAAUAUCAUGCUUCUUCUAAUAUAUCUACUAGUACGAAAAAAAGACGACGACUCACAUCAAAUUCAAACGAAGAGAUUAACGUAUUCGAUGAAGACAAACAAUCUAAUGAUAAUAAUAAUAAAAACACUGAUUUAAUCAACAAUCAUCAACAAGUACAACCGAAAACUAAUGAAAUCGUCUAUAUGACUAAAGGACAAAAGUUAUUUAAUAAUACAUCAUAUAAACAUGAAUAUAAGGUUGGUGAUAUAGUUGGUGUAAUCAUUGACAAAAUCGAAACAGUCAACAUUGAACUUAAAGUGUUAGCAUGUAAAAUAUUAUCCAUCGAGCUGGUAGCAGAAGAUACAAAUGCCUAUCAAUUAUGUACAAAAGCAUGUAUAAUUUCUUCAAGAUUUCAAGCAUCUGAUCUAUUGAAUUUAUGUAAUUGUAAUUUUAUUGAUCUGCUUACUGUCGAUCCAACUCAUCUACCAAAGCUGACAUUUAAUGAAGCCUGUAAAAGCUUAUCUUGA